GCAGCCACACUACAAAACUCCACUCAGAGUAGGCAACAACAGAUCAGAAACAGAGCAAACUAUACAGAGCAUAUUCCUGCAGCAUACAAAACUUCCCUCGGAGUAGGCAGCCACACAACAAAUUUCCUGCAGGUUGCCCACCACUCAGCACCCAAAACUGACCAAAAGCCAAACUAGACCUGCACUAGAGUUGAAGACCAAGCUACAAAAGUUCACUUCAGCACUUCAUAUCAGCAAAUCACACAGAAACAGCCAAAUGAAGUAACCAAAAUAAUGAAUCAGCCAACAGACCAUCAGAGAUGCAACUGAGAUGCAAUUGAGUAAUCACAUGAGUUGAAACUGACCCUGUCCAAUGUUGCAGAUGCUAUUCACAGCCUUGAAAGAAGAUAUUGCACCACGAGGGCAGCCAAAGACCAUUGAAACGGAAAAAAAUUCAACUCUCGAGGCCUACAAGGAUAGGAUUAACACUUUCCUGUUGGUGGCAACAAUUAUUAUCACUGUGACCUUUGCGGCUGGUAUCACUGUUCCAGGUGGAUAUGACGACUCUGAAACUCACAAGGGCAUGGCACUUAUGGUAAAAAAGUCUGCAUUUCAAGUAUUCGUGAUCGCUAAUGCUUUAGCUAUGUAUAGUUCCAUUAUUGUUGCUGUUUUGCUCAUAUGGGCACAGUUGGGAGAUCUUAAUCUCGUUCUUGUUUCCUUGACAUUGGCUUCGCCAUUGUUGGGAGGAGCUCUUAUGAUGCUCGCGAUAUCAUUCAUGACAGGUGUUUAUCUAGUGGUGAGCAACCUUAAUUGGCUUUCUUAUGUUAUUUUGAUCAUGGGCUUAAUCUUUGUCCUUGCCCUUUCCACGCUGUUGAUUCUAUUCUUUCUACCAACUUCCUUGAACCAUCGCAUGCUACGCUACAUCUUCUACUAUCCAUUUUCUCUUUUGGUAUUAAUCAGCAAAAAGUGGUGUUGAUGUCUGGUCUGUUGGUAUUGGAAAACUUUCUUUUAAUAUUUUCAAACAAAAAAAGUAUGUAAAAUUAUUGUACUAACAGCCACAUCAUUCCUUUUGGCACUCCAUUAGAGAUAUGUGGAUUUCGUGUUUUUUUUUUUUUUUUUUUUUUCUUCUCAUUUAUGAAACUGAUUAUGUAUUUAUAUAUGUAUUGAAAGUUUAUUUGAUAUACUAUCU